AGGCCAACUCCGCUAGAGACCAGAUUUCGGGUGCUGGUCAUGGUGUCCGGUGAGAAGGUGUGGGACCCCCUCCACGCGGGCCUUGUUCAGUCACGUCUGAGUGAGCGACACCUGGCUGCCGGGCUAACUCCCCUCUGCAAUAUCAGACAAAGUGCAACUAAGAACUCGUGCCAACAGAGUCAGCGGUUGUCAUCCCUGUCUUCCCCGCCACUGUCAUUGGUGGCCGUAGACGCCCUUCAACCGGUUCGGGCCUCCUCGCCGUCACACCUCCCCGUCCAUUUCCGCUGCCCGGGCAAGAUCAAAGGGCUAAACAAACCAGUCCACUGUCUUGGAGUGGCCUCUCAGUCUGAGGAAGAGGAGGAGGAGGAGGAGGUGGGAGGGGAAAUUGAGCAGUUGGAGAUGAAGGGUAAAAGGUAUGGAGGCCGUGGAGAGGCCAUGACGGAGGACGGGCUGGAGGACAUGGCCGAUGGACCCAAAAAUGCAAAAAUCACUUUAAGCUUCCCACUUAGUGCCGCCCCACUCCCAGCCUCCCUGACGUCUCCAAACCACUGUCGUAGCUCUUUAUCAUCCUCCCCUUCCCCGCACCGACGGCGGCCAUCCUCCAAGAGCUCAGACGAGGGGUCGCUGUGGAAACUGGACGCUACUAUGGACGUUAAGCACAGACCAUUUAAGCCCCCGAGGCGCGACAGCUCUCCGUCCUCCUCCCCUUCCUCCUCCUCAUCUCCCAUGGCUGGUCAUGCCCUUAGUAGGAAAGACAUAAAAUCCCCGCCUCCUCUGAAGUGCUCCAAACUCAAUCCCGAGACUCAGAUGCACAGGUCACCCCAGCGAUCCUCCAGCGGGUCUUCAGGUGGCUGCUUUGGCGGCGAUGGAUGGGACGAGAAGCACAGGGUGGCCGACGGCACAGCCUCACCCUCUCAAACGGCUCAGAUUCUCUUCAGUCUAGGCACAUCGGCCUAUCAGAGAGGCGGGGAUGCAGAGAGGAGAGAGAAAAUGACAGGCAGACCUGUUGGGAAGGUGGGAAACUCCCACGGACCAAGUCUUCAUCCACCCGCCCUCCACCUUCCUCCCCCCUUACCGCCUCCUCCUCCUCCCCCAUCUGAGGGUCUCACCGCACCGCCCCACUCGUCCUCCUAUCCGCCCACCGACAGCCUGAAGCCCGAGCUGAUUUGUGGGGUGUGCCAUCGGCUUUUCAGCUCUGCCUCCUCCCUGACAGUCCACAUGCGGCUGCAUCGUGGCAGCCGCGCCCUCAGCUGCUGCUAUUGUGGCAAAGUCUUCAUCCACAGCAAGAGACUGCAGUCCCACGAGGCCUCCUGCAGGGUGCCGGGCCUCCCCUCCAACAGCUUGGGGCCUCCUUCUCUCACCGUGCAGCCAAAAGAGGAGCCGCUGGAGGAGGGUGAGGUGAGAGUGGAGGGUGGCGUGAUCGUCGGACAAUCAGACAUGAGUAAGGUGCGGCCGGGGAAGAAAGCACGGAGCCUCCUGGCACGUAUCCAAGGUGAUGAUGCAGCAGCCGCAGAGUUACUAGCGGGUGACGAGCACCAUUUUGUGAAGGUGGUAGAUGGGAAUAUCAUUUACUUUUGCUCCGUGUGUGAACGUUCCUACAUGACCCUGUCCAGCCUGAAGCGUCACUCUAACGUGCACUCAUGGCGACGCAAAUAUCCAUGCCAUUUCUGCGACAAGGUCUUCGCCCUGGCUGAAUACCGCAGAAAGCAUGAGGUGUGGCACACAGGAGAGCGACGCUACCAGUGCAUCUUCUGCUGGGACGCCUUUGCCACUUACUACAAUCUCAAAACACACCAGAAGACCAUUCAUGGGAUUAAUCCCAGCCUCAUCUCCAGUGAAAAGACAGCUAAUGGGGGUUAUAAGCAGAAAGCCAAUGCCCUGAAACUCUACCGCCUCCUCCCCAUGCGCUCCCAGAAGAGACCCUACAAGACUUACAGUGACAGUUUGCAUAAUGGCCUGCUACUCCCACCAACUGAGACACCAUCCCUCUCCCUGCCUGGCCUGGGCUGUCCUCUGGGCCCUGGGGACCUACAAAGUCUCAUCAGUGGGACCCACCCUCAGAGUGUUAAGCCUGACCCAGAUGACUUCCCUGAUGGCUUCCCCGUUUCUGCUGAGCAAGGGGACCUCUCCACCCCUAGGCCCUUCCCCCGAGCAGAUGUUCCCCAAGUUAGAAAGCAUGAGAGUGAGGCCUCAGAGUUAGAGCAGGGUAAAGGCAGUGGCAGCUUCAAAAUGUCAAGUAGCAGCAAAACCAAAACUCCUAAGAGCGGUAGAGGCACAGACACGAGCAUGCCUUCUGUAAUAACUUAUGGCCAUGCGAAACCCUCCGUAAUAGUUCACGGUAUGGCAGUGUCAUCGUCCGUCAUUGUGCAUAGCAACCAGGUCACCUCUGGAAGUGAAAAAAGCCCAAUGAGCAGUCCAUCCCCUGACAACAAUCAGGCUUCACACAAGGGUAUUGCCAAGCCAAUCAAAAAGCAAAGGGAUGGUGCAGAUAACCAUAGAAAGAGGUCAAGAGACAGUUCAGAUACCACAGUGGGGGGCUCGGGAGGCAGACAGAGUGAAGAGACAGGCAGAUUAUUCCACAAAUCACGUAAAUCCCACAGCAAGAGUGACAUCUCUAACCCAAAGCAGCUGUCAGCGUCUGUAGGGUCACAGGUCAAAGAGGCAGGGCCACUGUGCCAGAUCACUGUACGUAUUGGCGAGGAAGCCAUAGUGAAGCGCAGCAUCUCUGAGACAGAUCUUAGGAGAGACAAGAGCCUAUCUCCACCUAAAACCAAACGGAGUGAAGCAUCGUCCAUGCGGGAAGGAAAGGAAACACGUCACUCCCAUCACCAUAAACACCGCCUCCACCGCAGAGUCAGCUUGGAAGACGACGGUGAAAAGGAAGGAGGAGAUUGUGAGGAGGAGGAGGAGGAGGAGGAGGAGGAGGUGGUGGUUAGGAAAAAGACCUCCAAGUCCCCUGAUGAAGGAAGGGGGUACUAUUUCCGUCGAGAGGUGCGUGAUCAGGACAGUGACCAUGAAACGGAAGAUAAUUUAUGGCGGCCUUACUACUCCUACAAGCCUAAGAGGAAGGCCCAAGCACAUCUACAGAGGGUCAAGAGCUGGCAGAGGAAACUGAAAUUCAAGCGCUCCAUCCGGUUGAAGAGGACAGAGAGGCUCAAGAACCACGUGAAUAAAGAGACAGAGAAAUCACAAGAUGAAGAAGAGGACGAAAAGAUUGGAGAUGCUGAAAAACUGUCAAAUGCUAACACGGACGAGGGAGAGGAGAUAAAGAAAGAUUACCUCCCUGACUUUUUGAAGGAAAAAAAUAAAGACCCAGAAGAACAAGUUAAGCAGAUAUGUCACGAGGUUCCUACUCCUCUUCUGCACUCUCCAAAGUCUCCUCUGUCUACCUCAGUGGCCCCUACGGGAAUAAAGAGGCGGCCUUGGACUAACGGGAAUGCGGCAGAGUGCGGUACAUGUGGCUGCUGGUUCUCAAGCCCCAGGAAGCGAGACAAGCACGAGCUGAGCCAUCUGCUGGAGUUUGUGUGUCUCUUUUGCAGAGCCACUUUCCCCUCAAGGGAUAAGUUGGAAGAUCACCAGAGAACCCAUCACCCCAAGCCUACUGAAGCACCUUCCGUACCCCAUAAAGUGGCCCUUAUUGAACCAGCUGAAGGGAUUGUCAAUACAGCUGUGCCAGAGAUUGUAAAGUACGAUGAAGAAAAAGGGGGGCAAGUAGCCUCAGUAGGGUGUAGUUCUAGUCCAAGUCGCCUAAGCAGAAGAGCAUUAUCCCGACACACCUGCCCGCAGUGUCACAAGGUGUGCAAGACAUCUUCCGCACUAACUCGUCACAUCAGACGCCAUGAGCUAAGCAGUUCCCCAGAGAGAGAAAGGGAAGAAAAUAACUCUGAGCCAAAAACAGCACAGAUGGUUGUUAACACUGUCAGCAGAGACCUAGAGACCGAAAAGGGCCCGAUUACCUGCGCUGUUUCAGUUAUCAGCUACUCGACACCGGACCCCCCCAGCAGCAGUGACUGUUUGGCAUCACAGCGGCGUGACGACCAUCUCGGUGAACUCGCAGAUGAACAUCAAGUGUCACAAUCCAGUGGCAGACCUGAACUAACCGAGCUCUCACAUCCAGCUCCAGAGAGAGAGCCCAGCCUACCAAUUGCAAAACUCCCAUCAGAAAGUCCUGGUAACCUUAUUCCCACUAAACACAAAUUCCCACCUGCCCCACCACCCUCUGUCCUCCAGAGUGUGCUCGUUAUGAACGGACCUGAAUGUCUGGACUACCGCACCCCGGGCAAAAAGAACCUAGACGGCCAACUACACAGAAUACCCAGCCCCAUGCACAUCGUGGCAUCCACCAACACCUCUCUGAAUGUGCCCAUGACGUCACAGACCCAAAUAACCACUGCUGCUCCUCCUGUUUCCAUGACAACAGCUCUCGGCUCCGAGGGGGGAUUCGUGAAACGGGAUGGGGUCAUUAUGGACAGAGAAAGGCUGAGUGGGAGUGGUAUGUUUGCGCACGUGGGUUAUGAGGAACCACACCGGAUACAAGAUCUCAGAGUUCAGUCCCUGUCCAGGAGCCCCUCUCCCAACGAAGCACAAGACCUGACCAUGUCCUCUAUUCUCGCUAGAGAAAGGGAGAUGGAGAGGCACAGAGAGAAGGAGAGGGCGCUGGGGAGACAGAGAGAAAGGGAGAGGGACAAAGAAAUGGCCAAAGAGAGAGAGAAUGAGAUAGAGAGGGCACAUCAAAUGAGUAGAAUGGCGCACACCCCACAGGACCAGAUUUCUCUGUUGGUCCCUAAAGAGGAGCCCUUGAGCCCUGUGCCGUCCCCCCAGCAUAUUCCCACUCAAACCACUAUGAAUGGAUCCUCCUCACACAGGCACACUCCCAAAUCCCCCUGCCGAUCCCCUUCAACUAUUGGCCUUCUAGCUCAAGGCCUCCGCCAGGUUCAUUCCAGUUCACAAGGACUCGACAGGCUCCCUCUGCCCACCGCAGCAGCUGGUGCCGGCGACCGCCCCUCUGCCCACGCUCUGCUUCUCCCCCGGGCCCCCCAGUCACCCGAGCCGGAGCGCCGAGAUACCGUUUCUUCCGAGGAUUCGCGGCAGCGGAACCCCACCCCGGUGGGCUACCAUGCCCAGAAUUACCCCCUGCCCCUCAUCGUGCCGGACAGCUACCACUCUGGUAAGAAGCAGGAGGAAAACUUGCUCAUGUCCUCCUAUCCUGCAGGAGCUCUUCCUUUUGGCCCACUGGGAAAAAUGAUGGUCCCAAAUGCCGGGGACCUGGCUAAGCUGCCGUUUUACCCAGACCCUUACCAGCUGCUGUACGGGCCCCAGCUGCUGGCCUACCCCUAUAACCUCGCGGCUCUUCCUGUGGCUCUGAAUAUGAUGGCACCAGGGAGGGACAAGGUGGAGACUCUGCCUUUCCUCCCCGCCAUCUUCAACUACGCAGCCGGGCCGUAUAUGGGCACGGCCCCUCACCACUUGAUGGCAAAUCCCAGCCUCUACAGCGGCGGGGGCGGUGGCGGUGGCGGCGGCGGUGGCAAGAAACGAGACAGCAGCAGCAGCAAACCGUAGGACACGGAAGCACUCUUGAGGAAUAUGUUUCACCGGGGAGGACCUGGCCCGCGGGAUGGGAGCUGGGAUGGGUGGGGGCUCACUGGGUCACUGAGUACACUUGCACAGUACCCCUGCCUCUCAGCAGAGAUCAGAGCUAGGCAUUAUAUCAGGAGUGAGUCGAAGGGAGGAGAAGGAGCAAAGAAGCGGGAGAGUGGCCGUUACUGCGGCGGUGAUCACGCCUCCCCUCUCUCUACUCUUUCUCCCCUUUCUCUCCGCGUCUCUCCUGUCUCGCUGUAGUGUGUCGUAGUUCUAGAGCUUGAUUAAUCUUCCUCUCUGACUCAUUAUAUUAUCUAUAAGAAUAAGAACCGCUAACAGGGUGUGUGUCGUGAACAAUUAGUCCAGUCUGCUUCCCUUUAUAGUCGCCGCAUAGCGAGGAUAAACGCUCUUCAGGGGCCGGCUUGUGUGGGCAAGGAGGAGGGAGGAAACGGAAGAGUCCUCGCUGAAAUGCAGUUGAAGGUAGAGCAUUAAGCAGAUCGAGCCUUGCGUCAUAUUUUCUGUGAGCGAAGGGAGAUCGCAGGUGCAUCCUGUCGUUUUGCUGUCCAUGAAAGCUGUAUAUGAGCAUGUACAUGCACAUGUAUGUCGGUGAUUUGUGCAUGCAGAGGUGGGCUUAUGCAGGUAAUACUACUUGUGUGUGUGUGUGUGUGUGUGUGUGUGUGUGUGUGUGUGUGUGUGUGUGUGGGCGGCAGUGUGUGAUGGCCAGUUCAUUCCGUGUGAGACUUGCGCAGCAUUCCUGCUCUAGUUGGAAUAGCUACUGUCGGUCAAUAUGUAGAAGUGCAUUUAGAAGCGAUUCCUCAUAUCCAAAUCAUGUAAGAAGUCAACGCUUUGGCUGGACGAGAGUCAAUGACGAUGACAGAUCGUCCGAGCUUCAACUAACCUGGAGACGUUGUGGCCGAAUGGCACUGUAGGAUCUGUAUAGCAUUUACCAUUGUUUAUACCUUAUGUGCACAAAAUAGAAAGGUAGUGGACACUUGUAGCUGCUUGGGAUAUGUAGCUGGCCACUGGGUAAGAGUUAGAGGCUGGUAGACCAUUGCACUUCCGUUUUUCAUCUCAUUUCCUUUUACAUUGAAAAGGAAAAGAAUAAAAACUUGUUGGCCUUCACCUUGCAUAAAAAUGACGGCAAGGAAGGAAAUAGAAAAAUAGAUUCAGGAUAUUUUGUUAUUUCUGCAUAGGAAAAUACAAACGUGGGCACAAAACUGUUGGACUCUCGGGUCGAAAGGACCCACAGAAAUGACUUUGGGGGACAAAAAACAAUAUGUCCUUCUCCCCAGCUGAGGGGGCAUUUGAAAUAUCCCAAAUUAAUUCCCCCUCCUGCUCUGUGUCAUUUACCAAGACGUAGGAAAAGGCCGAACUUAGCAGCCAAAGUGGUGGCCGAAACUCCCCGGGUGCACUCCUGGGGCCUUUUUGUUACGUGUAAUGUUACCUGUGUUUGUUUCGUUAAACUAUGUUGUUGUUAAUGUGGUUUAGCCCUCUUACCUGAUGGAAAUGGCUUCGGUGAAAAGGGGGAGUAAACUUAAAAAUAUGAAUGUAAAUUUAGUCAUGAGGUUAAUGAAGUACAACUGCAUUAACGGUAGAGUUGGUUUCAGUUCCUAUUAUUUUUUUUGCUUCUUUUUUUGACAAAUAACCUGUUAAAGAACCGUAUAACGUCUGGUAUGCAUAUAUACAGUAGUCCUAGGAACAUGUCAGUAAUCUUGGGUUCUGUAUCCACAAAGCAUGAGCAACACUUGCUUCCUAACCGUUUAUAUCCUCAGCAAAUCCGUGCGCACAGCUUUUGUUACUUUUUGAUGUUUUCUGGUUCUCUUCAUCUUCCAUAUCUCCGAUAUGUUUGUUGUUAUUUACUAUAGAACACAGUUUGGAACACUUUCCACAAAGCUUCCACAAUUACACCAUACAGUCACUAUUUAGGAGCUUUUAAAUUAUCCCUCUUCCCUCUAGCACCUUCUCUAAAGUACACAUAUUUCACUGUACGUGUGAGCGUGUGUGUGUGUGUGUGUGUGAUGGUGACGGGGCGCCUUUUGGUUUCGGGCAGGUGUGUGAAAAACACUUUCUGACCAACUGCAAGGGUGCACCAGCACCCCCUCGGGUGUGGUCUCAAGCCUUUUGAGUGCGGACGUACGUGUUUUGUGUACAAAUGUGAGUGACUGCGCGAAUAUGAAAACCAAAAUAAAUCUGUCUGACCUUGGCAUAUGGGCCACCUUUUUAAUUUCUUUUGUUCUUUGACACUUUUCUGUGGGUUAGUUUCAGUGUAAAAAAAAGCCCUGUUCUCUCCAAUUCGCUAUCUUAAGCCAUUCCUGUGGACAUGUUUUUUUUUUUUUUUAGUUUUUGGACCAUUUCUUAUGCCAUAGUUUGCCAUCAUGGUUAUCAUACAGACCAAAAGCAUGCAAAUCAACGUAUUGUAGUGACUGGACUGGAAUCUGGUGGUAAUAUACAACUAUUUACUGUAUGUUUUAGUUCAUAUGAAUGUGCCUCUGCUUUGAUAUUUAAGUACUGAUCUAUAGUAAGAUGUGGACCUGCCAGAUUUCACCCGUUGAGGUGCCUUGUUAUGGCAUAAGAAAUUUGAAUGGUAUCUGAACGUCUUCUUGAGAAAUGGCCGAAUGAUUUGGAGAUGGAUAUCACGGCUUUGUUUGCUACGAAGCUGUUCAUAGAUCACGUAGGGACGUGGCUAAACUGGUUUGGUAUCGUGUACAUGUCUAGGGUAAUACUGUGCCAUAUAGAGCCCACAAAAUAUGUUAAUGUUAUUUUUAAAAGAUGUUUUAAUGUUGCCUGAUGACUUUGUCUCUAGAUUUGAUACAAAGGCUUGUAGCCACAGAUCUGUAGUCUCCUUUUAUUCCAACAUUCUUCCUUUCUUCUCUCUCUCUCUCUCUCUCGCUCUCUCUGUCCCCACUUGUUUCCAGCUCCCUUUCUUCCUCUUUGCUGCAAUCAAACAAAAUAAAGUAUUAACCUGAUGACCCAAUGAAAUCAA